UGGAGCCGGACUUAGAGCUGGUGCCGCGGCGCAGGGAGAGGCACGGGUCCUCGGCGCCGAGAGAUGUGAGUGGGAGCCGCAGUCGCUCCGAGAGGGAUCCGGAGGUCCCAGCCUGGCGGACGCUCGGACCCCGAACCCGUGCCCGCUGCGGGGGCUUCGCAGACCUCGACCGGCCGGAGGCGCCCGGUUUCAGAAACAGGCAAGGGAACAAGAUGUGAACUGUUUUCCUUCUGCAGAACAAGAGGCCCUUCCUCCCCUUCCCGCGAAGGCAAAUGUUCUGAAAAAGACUCUGCAUGGAAAUGGCUUGCCUCACAAUGACAGAAAUGGAAGGAACAUGCACACCUCCUAUGCAUCAGAAUGGAGAUAUUCCUGGAAUUACUGAUUCUGUGAAGCAAAUAGAUCCAGUCCUUCAGGUGUAUCUUUAUCAUUCCCCUGGGAAAACUGAGGGAGAUUACCUGAAGUUUUCAACUGGGGAAUAUGUUGCAGAAGAAAUUUGUGUUGCUGCUUCUAAAGCCUGUGGAAUCACACCUGUGUAUCAUAGUAUGUUUGCUUUAAUGAGUGAAACAGAAAGGAUCUGGUAUCCGCCCAACUAUGUCUUCCAUAUAGAUGAGUCAACCAGGCACAAUGUACUCUACAGAAUAAGAUUUUACUUUCCUUACUGGUAUUGUAGCGGCAGCAACAGAACUUAUCGGCAUGGAAUAUCUCGAGGUGCUGAAGCUCCUCUUCUUGAUGACUUUGUUAUGUCUUACCUUUUUGCUCAGUGGCGGCAUGAUUUUUUGCAUGGAUGGAUAAAAGUACCUGUGACUCAUGAAACACAGGAAGAAUGUCUUGGGAUGGCAGUGUUAGAUAUGAUGAGAAUAGCCAAAGAAAAUGAUCAAACCCCACUCGACGUCUAUAGCUCUAUCAGCUAUAAGACAUUCUUACCAAAAUGUAUUCGAGCAAAGAUCCAAGACUAUCAUAUUUUGACAAGAAAGCGAAUAAGGUACCGAUUUCGCAGAUUUAUUGAGCAAUUCAGCCAUUGCAAAGCCACUGCCAGAAACUUGAAACUUAAGUAUCUUAUAAAUCUGGAAACUCUUCAGUCUGCCUUCUACACAGAGCAAUUUGAAGUAAAAGAACCUGGAAGAGGUCCUUCAGGUGAGGAGAUUUUUGCAACCAUUAUAAUAACUGGAAACGGUGGAAUUCAGUGGUCAAGAGGGAAACAUAAAGAAAGUGAAACACUGACAGAACAGGAUUUACAGUUAUAUUGUGACUUUCCCGAUAUUAUUGAUGUCAGUAUUAAGCAGGCAAGCCAAGAAGGCUCAAAUGAAAGCAUUGUAACUAUCCAUAAACAGAUGGAAAUUGAACUUAGUUCAUUAAAGGAGGCUUUGUCUUUUGUGUCAUUAAUUGAUGGAUAUUAUAGAUUAACUGCAGAUGCACAUCAUUACCUCUGUAAAGAAGUAGCAUCUCCAGUGGUGCUUGAAAAUAUACAAAGCAAUUGUCAUGGCCCAAUUUCAAUGGAUUUUGCCAUAAGUAAACUGAAGAAAGCAGGUAAUCAGACUGGACUUUAUGUACUUCGAUGCAGUCCUAAGGAGUUUAAUAAAUAUUUUUUGACUUUUGCUGUCGAGCAUGAUAAUGUCAUUGAAUAUAAGCACUGUCUGAUUACAAAAAAUGAGAAUGGAGAAUACAACCUCAGUGGGACUAAGAAGAACUUCAGUAAUCUUAAAGAUCUUUUGAAUUGCUACCAGAUGGAAACUGUUCGCUCAGACAAUAUAAUUUUCCAGUUUACAAAAUGCUGUCCUCCAAAGCCAAAAGAUAAAUCAAACCUUCUAGUCUUUAGAACAAAUAGUGUUUCUGAUGUACCAACCUCACCAACAUUACAGAGACAUAAUAAUGUGAACCAAAUGGUGUUUCACAAAAUCAGAAAUGAAGAUUUAGUAUUUAAUGAAAGUCUUGGCCAAGGCACUUUUACAAAAAUUUUUAAAGGUGUAAGAAGAGAAGUAGGAGAUUAUGGUCAACUGCAUGAAACAGAAGUUCUUUUAAAAGUUCUGGAUAAAGCACAUAGAAACUAUUCAGAGUCUUUCUUUGAAGCAGCAAGCAUGAUGAGCCAGCUUUCUCACAAGCAUCUGGUUUUAAAUUAUGGAGUAUGUGUCUGUGGAGAGGAGAAUAUUCUGGUUCAGGAGUUUGUGAAAUUUGGAUCACUAGAUACAUAUUUGAAAAAGAAUAAAAAUUCUAUAAAUAUAUUAUGGAAACUUGAAGUGGCUAAACAGUUGGCAUGGGCCAUGCAUUUUCUAGAAGAAAAAAACCUUAUUCAUGGGAAUGUGUGUGCCAAAAACAUUCUACUUAUCAGAGAAGAAGACAGGAAGUCAGGAAAUCCUCCUUUCAUCAAACUUAGUGAUCCUGGCAUUAGUGUUACAGUUUUACCAAAGGACAUUCUUCAGGAGAGAAUACCAUGGGUACCACCUGAAUGUAUUGAAAAUCCUAAAAACUUAAACUUGGCAACAGACAAAUGGAGUUUUGGUACCACUUUGUGGGAAAUCUGCAGUGGAGGAGAUAAGCCUCUGAGUGCUUUGGAUUCUCAAAGAAAGCUACAGUUUUAUGAAGAUAGACACCAGCUUCCUGCACCAAAGUGGACAGAAUUAGCAAAUCUUAUUAAUAAUUGUAUGGAUUAUGAACCAGAUUUUAGACCUUCUUUCAGAGCCAUCAUACGAGAUCUUAAUAGUUUGUUUACUCCAGAUUAUGAAUUGUUAACAGAGAAUGACAUGUUACCAAAUAUGAGGAUAGGUGCCCUAGGGUUUUCUGGAGCUUUUGAAGACCGAGACCCUACUCAGUUUGAAGAGAGACACUUGAAAUUUCUGCAGCAACUUGGCAAGGGUAACUUUGGGAGUGUUGAGAUGUGCCGGUAUGACCCUCUACAAGACAACACUGGGGAGGUGGUGGCCGUGAAAAAGCUCCAGCACAGUACUGAAGAGCACCUCAGAGACUUUGAAAGGGAAAUUGAAAUCCUUAAAUCCCUGCAGCAUGACAACAUUGUAAAGUACAAGGGAGUGUGCUACAGUGCUGGCCGACGUAAUCUAAGAUUAAUUAUGGAAUAUUUACCAUAUGGAAGUUUACGAGACUAUCUCCAAAAGCAUAAAGAACGAAUAGAUCAUAAGAAACUUCUGCAAUAUACAUCUCAAAUAUGCAAGGGUAUGGAAUAUCUUGGUACAAAAAGGUAUAUCCACAGGGAUCUGGCAACAAGGAAUAUAUUGGUAGAGAAUGAAAACAGAGUUAAAAUUGGAGAUUUUGGGUUAACCAAAGUCUUGCCACAAGACAAAGAAUACUACAAAGUGAAAGAACCUGGUGAAAGUCCUAUAUUCUGGUAUGCUCCAGAAUCACUGACAGAGAGCAAGUUUUCUGUGGCCUCAGAUGUUUGGAGCUUUGGAGUGGUUCUAUAUGAACUUUUCACCUAUAUUGAGAAGAGUAAAAGUCCACCAGCGGAAUUCAUGCGUAUGAUUGGCAAUGACAAACAAGGACAGAUGAUUGUGUUUCAUUUGAUAGAACUCUUGAAGAAUAAUGGAAGAUUACCAAGACCAGAUGGAUGCCCAGAUGAGAUCUAUCUGAUCAUGACAGAAUGCUGGAAUAAUAAUGUAAAUCAACGUCCAUCUUUCAGAAACCUAGCUCUUCGAGUUGAUCAAAUAAGGGACAACAUAGCUGGAUGAACAAAAUGAACUUCACUCUGAGGCCAAAAUAAAGUUAGAGAACAAAGUUUUGUAUUUCACAUUGCUGUGGACUAUUACUACAUAUAUCAUUGUUAUGUAUAUCAUGAUGCUAGCCACAAGGAUGUGGAAAUAUCUGCUCAAAACUUUCAAAGUACAGUGGGGCCUGACUUACGAGUUCAAUUCGUUCUAUGAUGGAGCUCGUAACUCAAAUUACUCGUAUGUCAAAUCAUUGUGAUGUUCGCUGCGCCAACUAGCGGUGGGGUAUCUGAAGCUGGCUCGUAACCCGAAUUUUAGCUCGCAACUCAAAGCAAAAAAUCGGCCGAGAGACGGCUCGUAUCUCAAAAAACUCGUUAGUCGGGACACUCGUAAGUCAAGGCCCCACUGUAUAGUGAGUUUUUCUUUAUGGGGACACCAGUAAAAGAAAUGGAUGAAAAGUUCUUAGUAAAGAAUUUUGUAAAAAGUUUCAUGAACUUAGUCAAUUAACAUCACUUUUCUUUGGCAAAAGAAAAAAAUAGAUGUUUUUUAACUCAGAAUUUUGAGAGAUGAAAAAAUUGUAAUAUAAAUUUUACAAUGUUAAAGAAGCACAGAAUACAUAUGUACAGUUUUUACCACAGUGAAUGUAUAAUACCUUGGCAUCUUGUGUGAUCUUUUACACAAGGGCUGGUUCAUUAAUGAUGUUUUCUAAUUUUUCCAUAGUUGAUCUAAAAUAACUUCACUAUACAAACAAAUUAAGAUGCUCAAAUAAUUGAGUAAGCACUUUUGUGUUCUUGUUCAUCUAUAUCACUGGCCAGCAAUAUAAGCAGGUGUACACUUUUUGCUUAUCAUUCUAUGUACUGUAAAUAUUUUUCAAAGAAAAGGGAACAAAUGUUUAGUUUUAUUUGUAUAGGGAUUUCCCUAACUAUAAAGAAUACAUUUUGAAAUGGAACAAGUUUACAAAGCUGUAACACAAUCUAUUUUCUUAUUUGUCUCCCUUGUAUCUAUUUGUGAUGAGUAUGUUGUUAUUUUUUUUAAAUAGAUCUCUAAAUUUUUCUAAGACUGGUAAAUAGUUUUCUUUUAAAAUUUUGAGAUUACGAAUGCAGGAUUAUUGUCAUCCCUUGAGCUAUUGGCUGUCAGUAUGAUUCUUGAAUCCUUGGGACCUAUCAUCAUGCAUUAAAUUUAACCUAUUAAGAUUCAUAGUAUGGGUUAGGGAUGUUUUUUUAAGACUGUAUUUUAGGGGUUUCAGAAAUCUCUUGUAGUCUCAGAAUAAAUAUUCUCUUAGAAAAUUUAGAAAGUCUUAUAUUCAAAGGAGAAAUGAGAGGAAAUUGGUAAAAAAAAAGUAUGCUUGUUAUUUUAUUCCAGAAUGCCAGUAGAAAAUUCAUAAUAUUCCUCCAAGAAAAAUGAGAGUAUACUUAUUUUCAGUGAAGUAUAAUGGGUUGUUCAUUGUCAUCAUUUGUUUUAGUGCUACUCCAUUUUAUACACCGUACAUAAUAUGAGGCGGUAUUUAUUGUUAUUUAUAAAAAGUUUAAAAUACUUAGUAUUUGGGUUAAAAAGAAAAUAAUUUCUUACUCUAGUUUCAGUGGUAUGUGCUAUUUUUUUAAACAGACUUUUAAUUAUUUUUCUGAUUAUUUUUUGGAGCUAGUUUUAAAGUGCAAAUUCUGUAAGAAAAAAUUCUUCACAUGUAAAGUUUGAGAUUCUUUUGGUUAGAAGGAAGGAAAGAGGAGAAAUUCUUUUUACAUGAUCUUUGAAAUAUUUUAGUGGUUGCCGAAUGAAAAAAAUCAUUUAAAAUUUUAAAAGUUUUCUAGUAGAUAUUUUGAUGAAAGUUGAAUAUAAUUUUUAUUUAAUUUGUAAAGACUCUUCAAGAUCUGUAAAUACAGUGCAAUUAAAGAUCUCCAUUUUCCUACUUUUCAAGUCAAAAGUAUGUUGAUGUGCUUGAUUUCAGAUUUUUGUAUUAAAACUUAAGUUCUGAAAGGUA